AAAUCAGAGGGCAAAGUUCACGUAAGUCGCAAAUCUUUGGCUUGUGAGAAAAAACGCAAUUUAGAUGAGACAAUUACUAAAAUGCAAGAGGACAAUAUACGCUUAAGAAAGAAGCACGAUCUAAUUAAGUACGAACGUAAGAAGGUGAGCAACGCGAUAUCAAUCUCCUAAAGAUUAGACUGGCGCGAAUGUAUUUUAUAUCCAUAGAAGCGUAAAUAUUCCUUAGCGACAGCAGAGACUGCACUCGUUGCUGGAUGAAUAUAGUAAAUUAACGAGCAAUAAGAUGCAGAAGAUAUUUAAGGAGAAGAUAGAGAAUCCGUUGCGAAACGUGAGUUAGAACAAUACAGAUAAACAUCGUUAGAGCAUCCGUUAGAGUUACGUUUAUAUCGUGACAGAAAAUUGUUAAACUGGAAGUACGUUUGGAGCAUAUCAGGAUGAUGCAAAUCAAAGCGAACAUAACACGAAUGAAAUAUCGGACGAUGUGCUCCGAUCUAAAACAGAAAUCUGUGCUUUAUGCGUCGUCUUUGGAAAGUCUGCAAGAUGAAAUAAAGGAGCAAGAGAACGAAAUGAAACGUCUGGAGAAAGCGAAAGAAGAAGCUAUCACGUUAAAGGAUAAUAUGCAGGAAACAUUGAUAAAAGAAGAAAUCGAGGUUACAAAUUGUAGCAAAGAGCGUCAUGCUGUCCUUGAAGAAUACAGGCAACGCGUGUUAGAGCGAAAAACGGAACUCGAGCGUUUGGAAAAGAUGAUAUUCCAUUCGCGUCCGCGAGAUGAUUUUGACACACGUGGAGAAAGCCAUGUACAGCAAGCGGAGGACAUUACCAAGGACGAGGUGACACGACUCGAAGAGACGUUCGCCAAGCUUCGCAGUGCCACCGGAGUGUCCAGAUCCGAAGACGUUCUGAACCGGUUUCUGGGUCAGCGAGCGACUAAGGAUAAUCUGCAGAAAAUGCGGCUGGCCACGGAGCAAGAGAAAAUGGCUUUAGAAAAGCAGAGACUGCAGCUUAUCGACGAAAUGGAAAUGAGAAAGUUCUCUGAAAUGAAGGACGCGGAACAAAAUGCGGAAGAAACGGAGAAACUGAACCGUCGCAUCGACCAACAGCGAUCGCGCCGAUUGAAAGCAGACGCGAGAAGACAGAAGGUGGAAGAUCUAUUACGAGGAAUUACCAUGACAUUGUGCAACGUGUGCAACAAAUUUCUAGAUAUAUUCGAUACGUUGCCUAAAGAAUCCAACGAAAUUCAACAGCCUCUGCAGCUCCUAGAUCUAAUAAAUCAGAAGCUAACUAAUACCAUUGAAACUUUCGGUGGACAAGACAAGUAUUUGCAUGUAUUGCAGGAAAUAUCGAUCGACAAGUUGGAAACGGUAUCGAUUACGACUAACUCGGUGGAGGGAAAAGCAGCACGCAUAGAUGGAGGGCCACUUUUCCCACGAUUUCCAUCCGCAGUGACACCGGCGACGUUGCUUUCUGAAGACGAAGAGGAUAUACCAACUAGAAACACUCUCAAGAAACAGGCACAGCAACUGGUUGACAUUAAAAGUCGUCGAAAAGCAUUUACUUUCAGAAAAUAAACC